GGUGAGUCUGUUUUCGUCUGCCUGGCAGCGCGGUUCUGGAACGCGUAACAUUCGUUAAAGUCUCGUCUCGAAAAAUCACUUUUUUAAACUCUAAGUCGGGACUCAAUUCGGUUUUCGCAUCGAUUCCGCUCGGAUCGUGGCGCGCGUUCCCUAGUUUUUUCGAACCUGUUGCAACCAUUUUCGAUAACUCACUUGUGCAACAUUGCGUGCCGCUUUCAAAAGAGCGUCUUAAAAAAAUAUUUCGAAAGUGGCCACUCAAAAAUAGAAAUAGAUAUUAUCCCUGUGUGCCAAAGAGGAAGAUUCGUGUAAUUAGCCAAACAAUUUGUCGAAAUCCACUCCGAGCUCCGAAAUCCCAACCAUUCCAAUCUGUGGGCGUGGGAUCUCUAUAUACACAUUUGUGCAGCCAGCAAAUCGAUAAUUAGGAAACAUUUACCCAGCUAAGAUGGAUGAUCCCAAAAUAAUGAACAUUAUGAACGGCAUGAAAACGCUGGAAGAUCAUUGUCAACUCAUAAAUGACGUGAAGGACGAGUCGCCCAUGCAAAUGUUCUAUAAGGACAAGGGCGUCUUCCUUACUGGCGGCACAGGAUUCUUUGGCAAAAUUAUCAUUGAGAAAUUGUUGCGCGUCACGGAGGUGGGACAAAUCUAUUUGCUGAUACGCACCAAGAAGGGCAAGGAUGCCUUUGCCCGCAUUGAGGAUCUGUUUAAUGAUCCGGUCUUUGCCAAGAUGAAGCAGGUGAACCCAAAGUACCGAUGCCAGAUCACCAUUAUCAGUGGCGAUUGCUCGCUUCCCGGUUUGGGAAUCAAUUCCGAUGAACGCGAAACCAUCAUGGAGAAUGUCAAUAUCGUCCUGCACAGCGCGGCCACCGUUCGUUUCGAUGAGAAACUCAAAAUGGCCAUUGCCAUUAAUGUGCACGGCACCAAGGAAAUCAUCAAGCUGGCCAAAGAGAUUGUCAACCUGAAGGCCCUCGUCCAUGUCUCCACAGCGUUUGCACACUGCAACAUGCGCCACAUCCAGGAGAGGUUCUACAGCGGCACAAUGACCGGCGAGAAUGCCUUUAAGCUGAGCGAGUGCCUCGACGAGCAUACCCUCAACACCCUCACCCCGACCAUCAUCAAGGGGUAUCCGAACACCUAUACCUUUACCAAAGUCCUGGCCGAGAAUGUGGUGCAACAGAGCGCCCAGAACCUGCCAGUCACCAUCUUCAGACCCGGCAUUGUGAUCACCACUUACCGCGAACCGGUUACUGGCUGGAUCGACAACAUGUACGGUCCCUGUGGAGUUAUUGUGGGCAUUGGAUCCGGAGUUCUACGUGUUUUUACCGGCGACAUGGACAACAAGGCGCACAUUGUACCGGUGGAUAUGUGCGUGAAUGCCCUUUUGGCCAGUGCCUGGGAUAUAGCGCGUAACAAGUACGAGACUCCCCCGAUUUACAACUAUGUCCCGGAUGCCGAGAACAUGGUCACCUGGCGGCGCUAUAUGGAGGAUGGCUUUGAGUACGGCUGUGACAUUCCGAUGCGCAAGUCCAUCUGGUAUCCGCGCUUCACCAUUGUCCCGCACAUGUGGCAGUACCACAUCCUGUGCUUCCUCUACCACACUCUACCCGCCCUGGUUAUGGACGCCAUUAUGGUGAUAAUUGGCAAGAAGCCCAGAAUGAUGAAGAUCUACCGCAAGAUCCACAAACUGAGCAAUGUCCUCAAGUACUUCAGUUCUAACGAAUUCCGCUUCGACAACGAUAAUGUCAGGAAACUCACUGAAAAGCUCGAUGAUCGGGAUAAGAGGCUCUUCUCCUUCGAUAUGCGCGAUCUGGACUGGACCAAUCUGUUCCGCGUCAGUCUCUACGGACUGCGUUUGUAUGUGGUCAAGGAUGAUCCCAGUAAUAUUCCCGAGUCCAUUAAGCGCUACGAGAGGUUGAAGGUCCUGCAUUAUACGACACUGGGUGUUUUCUACGCUUUAGCUGCCUGGGCGCUUUAUGCCCUCGUCAAGCUCUUUUUAUAGGACCCGUUUACUUAAUCUUUCGAUAUCAUUUUAGGGCAUAUCUUCUACUCAAUCUACUCCUCUAAUCUUUCGGCGCAAACUCUAACAUUUCCGUUUCCGCAAUAGUUGUUAGUUAUAGCUGUAUGUAUCGUAUAUAUGUAUAUCGUUUGUAUGUUUGUAUCAUAUCCAUACGCCCAUAGUCAUAUGUUUGAAACGCUUUAUCCGAAUCUUGUAUAGCUUAGUUCGUACGUCUCUAAAUGUAAAUUUGCUAAAGUCGAUGGCGUAAUGUGGAUGUAGAUGAUCGAUUACAAGUACAAUAAAAACUGCUUCACAUUUUGUUUGGGAAAAA